GUCAAAAUAUACAUCGGCUCUUUUGUUACAACCUCCACAUUAUGGCUACGGCAAGGACUUCGUUGUCCGCUAAUGGUCCUAGGACAAUUGAUGGCUGUGAUGGCGGUGUAUCUCGACCUCCUCACACAUCAAGGCUGCGAUCUAAGACCGGUGUUGUUGGUCCCAGCUCCAUCUAUCUGUCUUUAAGUAAGCUGGUGGCUUUAGGAUCUGGAAUUCCGGCGCUCCGCCUGGACUACCGAUAUUCGGCAAGCCUAAUGGCAAUGUAUGCACAGCGGAGGCUAUGCUGCUAGACUUUAUUGUGGACUGUGCCGAGUUGAAAGGUAGACGAAUUAGAGAAGAAGGCUGUUGCUGGUCAUCGCCUCGUGGAUGACGGAGAGAGAACGGAGCUUAUGAAGAAGGGUG